GCAGGUGUCCGUGUCCUGUGCCUUUAAGACGCUGCUCAGGGUGGACCCAGCGUCGGGCGUUUGACGCUCAGGAAGCGGAUUAAACCACCGAAGAUUCCCGCAGAUAGCGAUUUUCCCAAUGUGUGAAAAAGGUCUCCACGCCGACUUUAACCGUAGUUAAAAACAUUUCGGGAGGUUUAUUUCAGAGGAUAAUGCUGGAUGGUUGCGCUCAUGAAAUUCACCAGGGACAUAUGCCGGCUGUUGGGACUCGGAAGCGGCCCUGCUGUGCAGCAACAGGAGGAGCCAAUGGACUGUGUUGCUGCAACCUCUGACCCGUGUCAUGAUGCCACUUUAUCACAGAAUGGAGAUGAUGAUCUGAGCGAGGAGGAUAAGGUCAGACAGAAAGCAGAGCGACGCCGAGCAAAGAGGAAGCGCCGCAAGAAACGUAAGAAGCAAGAGCAGAUCAAGCAAAAUGAUACCGCUGAACAGGACGAAGAAGAGGACGGUUGUGCAGAGUCUGAGCUGGAUGAGAGCGAGUCAGAAGCAGACAUUGCUGAAGAGGAAAAACAAAGAGCCGCAAAAGAGGAGAACAAGGAAACUAAAUCUGCUGCUCCUAACAAGCACAAUGUAACUCCAGUUAUGGCUCCUGCAGGACUCAAGCAGAAGACAAAAGCCAACUCAACUGAAGAGGAGCCAGAGUGGGAUGUGAGCAGUGCCUUCUUCGCGAAUGCUGCUAGCCAUAUCAAACCCAAAGGAUCCAGUCGCAAGUCCAAAGAAAACAAGGAAAACGAGGCCAGAAAGGAGACAAGCAUAACUGACAACAUGACCAAGAAAAGCGCAUUGCUGACGGAGAAAGGGAUUAAGUUGGUGCAGGAAGGGCAGUAUGCACAAGCAGCCUGCAUGUUUACAGAAGCCAUAAAGUGUGACCCAAAGGAUUACAGGUUCUUUGGAAACCGUUCAUAUUGCUAUUACUGCUUGGAGCAGUAUCCUCAGGCGCUGGGGGAUGCAGAACGCUCCAUUGAGCUGGCUCCAGAGUGGGCCAAAGGAUACUUCCGCAAAGGCAGAGCUCUUAUUGGCAUGAAGCGGUACAGUGAGGCAGAGAAGGCUAUGGAGCAGGUGUUAAAACUGGACAAACACUGUGAAGAGGCUGUGAAUGAUCUUUUCAGUUGCAAAGUCCUUCAGCUAAUGGAGUUUGGAUUUGAAGAGAUGCAAAGUGUUGUACUGCUGGAGAGAUUUUCAUCUGUGCAGGCUGUUCUGGCAUCUUGUUCAGACACACCAAGAGCUGGAGGCCAUGAUGUAUCAGUUGUGCAACCAGGAAGCCCUUGUCCUUCUCUCUGGGUGGGAAAUGUGACAACAGAAAUAACAGAAAAACACUUAUGGGACCUUUUUAAAACGUAUGGAGACAUAGAGAGCAUCCGUGUGCUGCAUGAGCGAUUCUGUGCCUUUGUGAAUUUUAGGAAUGCAGAUAUGGCAGCCAGAGCUAUGGAAAAACUAAACGGAUACUGCAUUGAAAACACACGUUUAGUUGUAAGGUAUCCCGACCGCCGCACUCAGAGGGUCCUUCCCAUUCCACUUAGGACUUUUUUCCCUGUCACACAGCAAGCAGGCACAGGAGCUGGUCCUCGGCGACGUGGCCCAGUUAAUGGAGAUGAGUGUUACUUUUGGAGAACUACCGGGUGCCAUUUUGGGGAUAAAUGCCGCUAUAAACACUUUUCUGACCAGAAAGGCAAGGACAGGAAACCCUGGCAGCCUUGAGCUUGGUUCAAGCUCUGCCUCGGCGACGUUUGGAGGAAACAGAGUUGCUCCAAAAUCCGCCUUCCAAGCUUGAACGGACCACAUCAAGAUCUCUGGAGUAAAAAUUAUUUUUUUAUUAAAAAUUUCAGAGGCAGGUAGAGACUUAGAAUGUGAAGAUGGUUCUGUUACCCAAAGAUCCAAAUGGAUGCCUUUGCUCAAAAUGACCCAGAGAGCAACACACCGUCACACUUGCAGCCCUGAGGAGACUUGCUUUUCUUUCUGAAAGCAACACUAAACUCUAGAUCAGUUUAUGGAAGUGAAAUUUUCUUGGCCCACUGUUGAAGGGGUGGGAAAUCAUGACUAUGAUGCAGGUUAUGAAAGAUAUACUUAUGGGGACAACAAGGAGCUUUUUAAGAAUGCUAAUUAAUUUCUCAGUUUGAGAACUCUGCCUAGUUUAACUCAUUUUCCACAUUUGCCUUUACUUCACAUAAAUGUGCAGAUGACAUUUUGAGUUGGGUUUGUGCCAUUAUAUCAAAAACUGACCAAAGACUUGAGGAUGAAGUUACUUGAAAAGUCAGUACUUCCCCUAUGCAACUGAAUUAUGCAGCCUUAGUCAUGAUCAUUAUAUCAGCAUAAGUAAAUAACUGGACUGAAAGACAAUACAACAGCUGGACAGAUAGGUGAAGUGAAUAAUUCAUUUUGGUUGUGUUUAGACUGAGUGUCCUCAUAAUGCCUGUAUAGCAUAUUGAUGUCAAAAUGUGGCCUUCUCAUCUUAUCUGAAAACAGUUCUGCUUGUUUAAAGGCUGUAAUACCUCAUCGGCGUCUGUUUGAGAAGUAUUUUUUGUAUUGACGUUUCAAAGCCUGUAUUUUUUUUAUGUUUAGUUUUUUUAUGUUCAACUAGAUUGCAUGACACAAGGUGGGCUGUGCUUCAAGUUCAGCUAGGUUAACAGUUUGAUACAAGAUAAAACUUUAUCAUUUUAAAGGUAAAGUCUUUAAGUUGGCAGAUUAUUUUUUUUCCUCGAAUUGCCUCGACAUUUAUUUUAGGUCUAUGCAAAACAAAAAGUGUCAGAUGCUUGUCUCCUGCCUCUGGGAUGGACAGGUAUAAGAAACAUUAAUACAUAUAAUUUCUGAACUUUUGGAAAAGCAGUGUUUGUGACCUUUGGGCCUCCAUGGCAGUAUUUCACUAAACUGAAGAAUCAGUUGGCUUUACAUUAAGUGUCAACACUAGAAAGUGAAUUACACAUUUGCUGGCAUGUGCUUUUUAUCCCCCACUUGGCAACAACUAAAGUCCACACUACAUUCAUUAGUGAACUAUGCACUGCGUAGGAAAAGUAUUUAUUUAGCUAUUUAUAAAUAUAUUUUUUUCCUUUUUUUUGGUUAACACUUUACAAACUAAGUCUAAUUCACACGCAGCCCCUCACCCCCUUCUGUUUAUGUCUGGUAUAGAUUAACAGUGAAUUGGUGAGAUCCUUUUCACAUUCUCCACUUCUGCUUUUCUUGUAGACUUUUUGCUUUGUGGUUGGAGCUCGUGACAAAAGGACUUAAAACCAACUGUGAGACUGCACUUGUUUUUAACGUGCUAGUUUCUAAACUAAUUGCUGUUCAAUAUUUUAAAUACUAUUCUUGCAGUGCAUUAAAUUAUUUACGCUUACCACUUGAUUAAAGCAUGUUAUUUUUAACUUGCAUCUGUAGAAAUAUUUCAAUCUGGACUUCUAAUGUUUCUCGCUCUGUACUUUUAUUUUCUUAAUUUUUAUUUGGAAUUAUUUUAUUAAAAUACAUUUCAAGUAAUGAAUAUGUACAACAAGAGCACUGCGAUUCUGUUAAUCUACCAAUAACUUUGUAUUUUUCUGUAAUGCAAAUAAGAGUUUUAUAUUUAAUAAACAUAUUUGUCCCAUC